GUCUGUUCCUAAUCUGCCACAAAUGCUCGAUAGGGUUCAUGUCUGGUGAACACGCUGGCCAAGGUAUGGAACUAAGAACUCUGCUGUUCCUCUUGUGUCUGUCAACGUUCGUCACUGGUAUUCUCCCGAAGGAAAUACAACAUGGCUUCAAAGGUACUCUACACGACAACAUGAAAGAAUAUUUCAAGAAUUACAUGGUUGAAAACUUCAAAGGAGUCAUUGAAAAGCAGUUCGACAAACUAAAAAUCAGCAAAUGGAUAGGCGAAGAUGUUUCGAAGCGUUCACAGCAAGCCUCUGCAUUAGAAAGAGACAUAGGUUUGAUUGUGGUAAAAGAUAUUUUGAAAGGACUGUCUGACACACUGAAAGCAGAUGAAAGGUCACUGGGAUCCAUUUUGGAAAAAAGAGAUAAUACAAUUAUACAGAGCCCUGACAUUCUGGCAUGGUUCCGUGAAGUUUCAGAUCUUCGACAAACGAUCAGUAGUGACAUUAAUACUUCUUUCAAGUCAUGGAGCGAUGUUCUUAGCGCUUUACCUGACAGAUGUGAUGAAUCACCCAACGUACCGAUGUCAACUCACCAUUCAGACAUAACUCUGCUCGGGAAGACUCCAGAUUUUAUGAAUCUGUUCUGGCCCUUCCGGUUUGACAUAAAUGUAAUGAACCAACGUUUGGCUGCUUAUGGGUUGACAAAUAUAAUUAUCACUGAAAGCAAUGAAACUUUAAAAUUAGAUCUUUUUGAGGAACUUCAAGAUUUACAAGCCAUACGUCUCCCUGUAAAAGGAAACCAGAUAAUGUUUAGCUUUGGGGACGAAGAUGUGGUAGAGGGAUUGAACAGAUCACGCCUUGUACCGCUUUCAAAGUCAUAUGUGAAAGCAGCCAAACACCUCUACACUAAGGAGGAACAAGAAUAUAUACGACUACUGGCUACCGAGGCACUGAAUUUAAUAAACAAGACCCACACGGAACUGCAUAGCGCAAUGGUUCAAAUGAUUUCUUGCAUUGCCUUUGCCAAGGAUGAAGCUGCCACGCACAUCAGUGGGUCAGCUAAUUCUGCCUUAGGGCUGAUAUGGUUGAAUCCGCAAGAAGACUGGACAGUACCUGUGAUGGCAGAACAACUCGUUCACGAGUUCAUCCACAUCACACUGUUUUAUGCUGAGCUCGUCCACAGAGGCUACAAGGAUGUGUCCCGCCUCCCAGACGCCAAAGCAAUGUCUUCUAUCAGACGUAAACCUCGCCCCUACGACAAGUCUCUACAUGCUGCCUAUGUAUCAGCUGGUCUCAUCACCUUCCACACCAGAGCCGGUUUCAUCAACAGAGCUGCAGAACUAGUCCAGACGUUGCCGGAGGCGGUUCAAGAACUGAACAGGGUCAAUGCUGAGACUGACGUCCUGGAUGAGGCUGGCCGAGCGAUGCUGGACUUCCUUACUGACUAUGUGUGUCUCACCCGCAUGUAAUCUUGUUGAGUGUAGAGAUUCCAUUGUCAAUAAAUGUCAGCGACAUGA